CAGACGCCGCGCAUCCUCUGCCCGCGCCCGGCGCCCCGCGCCCAGCUCUGCGUCCAGCUCCGCGACCCGCUCCUCGCCCGGCCCGGCGCCCCGCUCCCCUCGCCGCGGGCGGCGCGGCCAUGAGGCUGCGGGGACGCGAUCCCCGAGCCGCCCCCGCCUCCAGCGCGGGGGCCGGCGACGCGCGGCGGCUGGCGCCCCCGGGGCGGAACCCUUUCGUGCACGAGCUGCGUCUCAGCGCCCUGCAGAAGGCCCAGGUCGCCGUCAUGACGCUGACGCUCUUCCCCAUCCGGCUGCUGGUUGCCGCCGUCAUGAUGCUGCUCGCCUGGCCCCUGGCGCUUGUGGCCUCGCUGGGAUCCGCUGAGCGGGAACCAGAGCAACCCCUGGCCUUGUGGCGGAGGGUCGUGGACGUCCUGCUCAAGGCCAUCAUGCGCACCAUGUGGUUUGCCGGCGGCUUCCACCGCGUGGCCGUGAAGGGGCGGCAGGCGCUGCCCACCGAGGCCGCCAUCCUCACCCUGGCGCCACACUCCUCCUACUUCGAUGCCAUCCCCGUCACCAUGACGAUGUCCUCCAUCGUGAUGAAGGCGGAGAGCAGAGACAUCCCGAUAUGGGGAACUCUGAUAAAGUACAUCCGGCCGGUGUUCGUGUCGCGGAUGGACCAGGAUUCCCGCAGGAAGACGGUGGAAGUGAUCAAGAGGCGGGCGCAGUCCAGCGGGAAGUGGCCGCAGAUAAUGAUUUUCCCAGAAGGCACUUGUACCAACAGGACCUGCCUAAUUACCUUCAAGCCUGGUGCGUUCAUCCCAGGCGUCCCUGUCCAGCCGGUGGUUCUGCGCUACCCAAAUAAACUGGACACCAUCACCUGGACGUGGCAAGGCCCCGGAGCGUUGAAAAUCCUGUGGCUCACGUUGUGUCAGUUUCACAAUCAAGUGGAAAUUGAGUUCCUUCCCGUGUACACCCCCUCAGAGGAGGAGAAGAAGGACCCCACUCUGUACGCCAGCAACGUGCGGCACGUGAUGGCAGAGGCCCUGGGCGUCUCCGUAACUGACUACACGUUUGAGGACUGCCAGCUGGCCCUGGCGGAAGGCCAGCUUCGUCUCCCCGCGGACACCUGCCUUCUAGAGUUUGCCAGGCUGGUGAGGGGCCUGGGGCUAAAACCAGAAAAACUCGAACGCGAUCUGGACAGACAUGCAGAAAGUGCCAGGAUGAAGCGGGGCGGGAGCUUGACUCUGCCCAAGUUCGCGGCGCAGCUGGAGGUCCCUGAGUCCAAGGCGCUGGAGGACCUGUUUGCCCUGUUUGAUGAGGGCUGUCUCCUGAAAGCGUCUCUUCCCAGAGAGGCGGUGGGGAGAUGGACAUGCGAGAGUACGUGGUCGCCUUGUCUGUCGUCUGCCGGCCGUCCCAGACCCUGGACACCAUCCAGCUGGCGUUCAAGCCGACUUCGAGAGGUUUGCCGAAGCGUACCCCGACUUCGCGGAGGAGUACCUGUACCCCAAGCAGACGCGCUCCCAGAGCUGCGCACAGACGCCCCCGGCUCCCACCCCCAACGGCUUCUGCGCCGACUUCAGCCCCGAAGACUCGGCCGCUGGGACGGAGGCUUUUCGUAAGAAGCUGGACUAGGACGUAAGGUUCUGGAGAGACGAGGCCGCUCCCCAGCCGCCGCCCCGUUGGCCGUGACAGCGUGCGGGCUCCACGCUCCCACACGUGCUGUCCCUUUCCCGCCCUCCGGCCCGAGUCCUAGAGCAGCGCGGGCCCGAGGCCGUGGCCGCGCGCGCCCUGACCGGCGUGGUGGGCUUGUGGGGGCGGCUCCCGGGGCUCCCUUCCAGGUGGCACUCGGGGGCCGGCCCGGGCGUUGCUCUCUUUUCACCUCGAGCCUCCCGUUUUGUUUCCAUCCUCUCCCACCGUCCCUGCUGGUCCGUUCCAGGCCACGCAGGCCGGCGGCUGCCACACGCACCUGAAAGCGGGACGUGUCACCCGCGUUUCGAUUCCGGCACAAAGUCUCUGCCGACCUCGGUGGAAUCGGUGGGCAGAACCGCCAUCUGAUUUUUCAACGUUUCUAUAUUUGCAGGAGCUCAUGCGUAUUUUAUAAACUUCAUUUAGAUACUUCGGGAAACACUCAGCAUUUUUUUAUGAAGAGAAUUGCUUUUCUACUUCAUCUUCCUUUGAGGGUCAGGGGAUGUUUAUUUAUAGGCCCUUUUCCUGACAGACCCCGAGGCUGUCUGGGGCUUUGAGCUAACUUUCCCUCCGGCCUCUCUCGACCAGGGAACUCCUCUCCAUUGGGGCACCCGGCCCGGAACCACUUUUUUGCCUCCUCGGUCCUUUACAAACCCCCUCUUUUUAUACCAGCUUGGGGUUUGUGUUUCCAUGUGACAUGAUCUACUUCACCAAAGUGUCAGCUCCGAUCAGAGCAUUGAAUGUUGGGGAGAUAAGGUGGGCCGAGGGGAAAUAGGGGGGGAGUUCCUGUCUCCCGGGCCGGGGGCCCCAGGGACGGUGACGCUCUGGAAGGCCCCGCCUGCGCUGACUGUCCCCCCCUUCGCACCAGGGUUCUCCGGGCAUCUGGAGCCAGAUGAGCCUCGGGGAAGGAGGGAGUGGGGAGCAGCGGCGACAGGCAUUUGGGGCGCCCGGGAGGACUGGGGGGCUCCAGUCCCUCUCUGUGUCCGGGGGCGUCGGCGGGGUGCAGCGCCACCGGGCUCGGGGAGGGGUUCCAGGUGCUGCCUUCACUCUCAUGACACCACCUUGAUCCAUCUCCUUGUGACAUGACUAGAAACCUGUCCUCAAAGCACAAUGACAACCACACACUGAGUUUGUUCCCUGAAGCAAAGCCUCUGGGUCUGUUUGGGAAAUUGUUUUUGAGUUUCUAAGAUGAUUGGAUUUUCUCUCGGGGGCAUCUCCAUAGGAAGUGACCACCAGAGCCAGAAGUACAGGGAAAAUGUUUACUAACUUCCUGAGGCUUGGAGAUGCGCGUGUCUACAGUUAGACGUCAGAAAAGGAAACACCCUUAACUUCCGUUCAUUCCGAAGCCCCUCCUGCCCCGCGCAGGGUGCGGGGUGACUGACAUCAUUCCAGGGCGCUCGCCCGUCAGGCACAGAGCUUCCCGCACAGCCUUGGUAGCGAACAGGACUGAUUUCAUGAUCGUGGGAGGCGUGGAGUUUCAUUUUUAAAAGAGAAAAACCCACACCUGGCAAUGAAGGAGGUGAACAAGCUGAGAUGUUCUGAGGAAGGGCCUGGGCCCCGCGUCUGUGGAUGAAGGGUUUUUGAAUGAAAUGCCACUGUGCGUUUUCAGGAAAAAGUCUCUGAUAAACAGACACCGAAUGGAUGUUUGUUCCUCCUGAUCUUGUUUUCUCUUUCGCAGCGACUUAGGGUCGCGGGCAUCCAGAACUGUGAAUGUACAGAGCUCGGGACUGAGUCCCCUUGUGUGGGCCCAGGAGCCACAGAGGCGCCCGCCGCCUGCACAGGCCCUGCCCGGCGCGAGGGGGGUGGGACGGGUGCCUCCA